UGCUAUCAGAGGACAGUGUCGUUAACUUCAACAAAAAUUGCAUAAGUGAGAGAACAUGACCAAAUAGCAAUUAUAUAAUAGUGUAUAUUAGAAAGAAUCAUUACUCGCCCUAGUGAAAUGACAGCGCAGAAAACGCCGCUUUAAAUGUCACUACGAUCUGCUGUGACCUCGAAAGCCUGACAGUUAAGCACAGUUUUGUGUUUACGUUGUCUUAUCCGCUAAUUGUGAUCUUGUGACCUUCGUGCCUUUUUAUUUAAAAUAUUUUUGGCAAAGGAGGAAAUAUUCAUAUUUAAAGUGCUGUUAUCAAGAAGAACACAAUCUAAUCGACUAAAGAUAGGCUGUGUUAAAGCCUAGUCUAGACUAAACAUAGGCAAUAACGCACACGAAUUUAGGCGAGGCUAGCCUAUAUACUGCUACCAUAGUAGCUUAGUAGCCUUGGCCAUGCAUUAGUUUAGUACAGUAGUAGACUAGCCGAGACUGGGCUAGAUUAUACUAGUUAUUCAGACUACGAUAAACCUGAAUUAAUCAAGCAUAUGGAAAAUGGAAUCCUCGUCCACCUUUGCCGGGAAUGAUUUCAUCGUCAGAUAUCGAGGAAUUUCGUCGAAACUUAAAAAGCGCUUCCUACGCAAACCAAAUGUAGCUGAAGCAAGUGAAGAAUUUGGUCAGCUGGCACGUGACCUUAGUGAAGGUGAAGCAUGGGCUCAAGCUGGCCUUUGUUGUGUCGCAGUUGCUAAGUGUGAACAAACUCUAGUCAAUCCAACUACAGAAGUCUCUGCCAUCACUCAAGCUGCAAGGUAUUUCUUAAAGGCAGAAGUCAUCAACCAUCACCUUCAUUGUCCCAGUUUCAAUGAGCAUCUUAUGACUGCUGUCAGCUGUUUUCAACAUGCCAUUCAGCUGUACAUAGACCAGAAGAAACCAGCACUUGCAGCUUCAUUGGCAAUGGAAUUAGGGCAAGCCCUCAGGUCACUGGGACAGCCCUCUGAAGCUCUCACUCAUCUCCGUGUUGCUGCCGACUUGCAGUCAGCUUCUCCGUUGCAUUAUUUGACUUGUCUUGGGUACAUUGCAUCAUGCAAAAUAGAUUUAGGUGAUCUUCAUGGUGCACUGACAGUAUUCACACAAAUGACGAAUGUCAUAGAACAGCAUGGAGGUCAGCCUCUCACUGGAGCUUAUAAAGAUAUUCUGGCUAGGUGUGAAAUCUCAUCACUGCUGAUCUUACUUACGUUACAACCAUUACCUCAACACACCAAACCUCCACAUGCACACCUCCUAGAAAAGUAUUCAUGGACAACACCUGACAUACAGCAGCUUAAUGUGUCGUAUGAUGAUGCAGAAUUAGUAGUGUUACUUCAGUCGUUAGUAUUGGCCUGUCAAGGACGAGACAGUCAGGCCCUCUCUACGUUGAGUCAGCAUUUAACCCCGUUAUUAGGUCUUGAGCACCUGCAUUUACUACACAUAUUAAUAACAGAGAUGAACAGAAGCUAGUUGUAUCAUAUUAAUGAAAUCAAGCUACUAUGACUCAUUGAUUAGAUAUGUAGCUGUACAUAUCUUUAUAUUUUUAAAACAAAAUGUGUAAUUAUUAUUCUCAUGUUUGAUGUAAGAUUGAGAUUAUAUUUCUUUGGUGAUUACAAAGUCAUUGUUCUGGGGUCAAUUUUUAUGUAAUCAUGCAACAAUAUAAAUAGAAUGGCUUUAAAAUUUA